CUCUCUCUCACACACACAUAGAUAUUGAAGAAAUUUGGGGUGAAGCUAUCCUUCAAAAUGAAUGUGAAGGUGGUUUCAACUUCUGGUGUUGGCUUUCCCUUUUGCUGUUCUUCCUCAAAAACCCUAAUUUCAUCAUUCUAUUGGCGGAGGAGCAUGAUUGCGAGUAGCACUAAGAGUAUGCAUGACAUUUUCUCACCUUCAGCUUCGGCGUCUAUAUCCACCGCCACAGCCACCGGUUUAGCCUCACCGGUGGCGGCGGAGGUGGAAAAUACGAAACCGAAGCCGCAGCCACGGCCGUGGCUCAUCGUUGGCCUCGGAAACCCCGGAAAGAGAUAUGAUGGCACCCGCCACAACGUCGGUUUUGAGAUGGUAGACGCCAUAGCUGAAGCAGAGGCGAUAAGCAUGAGCAGUGUUUCCUUCAAAGCCCUGUUUGGAAAAGGUUUCAUUGGAAAUGUUCCAGUUAUGCUUACUAAACCACAAACCUUCAUGAAUGCAAGCGGUGAGUCUGUUGGAGCCAUUGUUUCAUAUUACAAGAUUCCACUGAAGCAAGUACUUGUGAUUUUUGAUGACUUGGAUUUGCCAUUUGCAAAGUUGCGGUUAUUGCCAAAAGGUGGACAUGGAGGACACAAUGGGAUGAGGAGUGUGAUCGAUCAUUUUAAUGGUAGCCGUGAUUUUCCUCGAUUAAGAAUAGGCAUUGGGAGGCCUCCAGGAAAAAUGGAUCCCGUCAACUUUGUUGUUCGCCCAUUUAACCGUCAAGAACGUGAAGAAUUGGAUUUUGCUUUCCAAAUUGGCUUAGAAGCUGUGCGGAUUCUUUUGCUCGAGGGAUUUGAUAAAAGUGCAACAUUUGUUAAUAGUGCAAAAUCCUUGGAACAUCUUGGCUAA